UUUUAUUAUGUUUUGGUUUCAAUAUAUUAUAAUUUUUUUGUUCUCUCUCUCUCUCUCUCUCUCUCUGUGUGUGUGUGUGUAUUACAACGAUUUGGUUUCUCCGCCUUCAUUUCGAACCAUUGAAUGAGAAAGAAGAGAGAUGAGUUAUACAAGUAGAGAUGAUGCGUCUGGUUUAGCCACUGCUGUGAAAAAUAAUCUGUGUGCUCAACUUUGGCAUGCAUGUUGUGGAUUUGUAUACAUCCCCAAGAUUGGGGAAAAGGUUUUCUACUUCCCUCAAGGACACUUAGAACAGGUGACAAUAUUUCAACAUCAACAAGAUCAUAACAUGGAAAUUCCUAACUAUCAUUUGCCCUCUAAAAUUUUAUGCAUAGUUAUGGGUGUUGAGUUAAAGGCAAAAGUUGACACAGAUGAAAUUUUCACUCUACUUACAUUAUUCCCAUUGCCAGAGCAGCAAGAAAUUAUUUUAGAGGAUAAUCAUGCAAUUCAGAGUCCUAGUGAACUGUACUCUUUCAAUAAGAUUCUCACUUCAACAGAAAUAAGUACACUUGGUGGACUUUAUAUUCCAAAGGAACAUGCUGAGAGAUGCUUUCCUCCACUGGAUAUGACCCUUAAACCACCAAUGCAUGAUCUAGUGGCAAAGGACUUGCAUGGAAAUGAGUGGAAUUUUCGACAUAUUUAUAGUAGUUAUGAGAAAAAACACAUGCUUAUUAAUGGUUGGAGCACAUUCGUAAACUCAAAAAAUCUUGCUCCUGGAGAUUCAUGCAUUUUUGUCAGUGGUGAGAAUGGUGAAUUUGGUAUUGGGAUUCGUCGAGAUAUGGAACAACAUAGCAAUAUAUGCUGCACAACAUCGUCUCGACAAUCUAGUCAGAAGAUGCAGCUUCCACCAUUGGUUGCUGCUUAUCAUGCUGUUUCUAUAGGAACUUUGUUCCAUGUCCAGUACUACCCUUGGAUUACUCCCUUUGAAUUUAUGAUUCCUCUGAAAACUUAUGUUGAAUCAAUUGAAAAAGAUUACUCAAUUGGAACAAGGGUACAACGGUUGUCUGAAGUGGGAGGAUGUGCAAAAAGAUAUGGCACAAUAGUUGGUAAUGAAGAUAUUGAUCCCAUUAACUGGCCUGCUUCUGAUUGGAGAUCUCUUAAGGUUCAAUGGGAUUCUAUUCCAAAUACUUUUACACAUAUUGAAAGGGUUUGUCCAUGGUGGGUUGAGCCCUUGGAAUCUUCAAAGAUUAAGGAAAUCCCUAUUCUUCCUUUACCAAAAAAAAUAGAUGAAUAUGACUCAUUAUUGCUUGGUUUUAAUGGCUUUGCUCAUGAGGAUACAUUUGGAAGUUCAUCCAAACCUAAAUAUCACAAAGUAGAUAUGGACUUGCAAGGUCAAGAUUACAAUAACAGAAAGCAUAAAAAAUCAAAAUUUUCCAAUUUUGGUUUCUUUAUAUUUCUUAGCUUUUUUAUAUUUGUAAUUUUUUUCCUUUGUCCUCUUAUGUGAUUUUUUUUAUUUUAUAAGACAAAUUAAACCUAAAUAUUAUGUCAAAUUUAGUUACUUUUAUAAAAUAAAAAUUAAAUUGAAU